UACCUACCACUACCACUACCUUCUGUAUGGAUACAUACCGUACGUUAGACAGCUACCGAUGUACCGGGCUACAUGGCCCCGAGGUAUGGACGAAUAAGGUAUGGAGCGAGACAGGGAAGCAAGGGUCUAGGCAGGAAGCAGGGCGUCGGGCGCCAGGGUAGGUGGGCAUGUAGCUAUCUAAUUCCCACCUUGAUCCGCAUCGCCGUCGUCACACGCGUGAGUCGCUGUGGCCUUUCCCGCCGGCUCAUCCGCUCGUCAUCGUCUACUUCUUUUUCUGCCUCGGCCGUCCUCGAUUUCUUCCUCCUUCUUCUACUUUUUCUUCCUUCCCAUUCCGGUGCCCUGUGGUGUUCCCAUUACCCGCUCUCGUCGCAUUCUCGAGGAGAGCCGAGCCGAAGCCCACGACGAACCGACCGCACCACUACAACUAUCACUUCCAAUUCUACCGCCCCAACAUUUCCAUCCCGUCAACAGGUCAACCAACGAAGCCGCCCCGCACCCACCCACACACUCGCUCUCGUCCAAGCCGUACCCGCUUCCCGCCACCCGGUGCUCAGCGCGCAGGCACCCUCAAACUACUUGGGCCGCAGCAAGGAAGCGAGGAGAAGAAGAAGAACAAGAAUAAGAAAAAGAGUCCCACGACGCAGCUUGUCGUCAGCACGUGUAGGCGUCCGUCAGCGUGUCAGGCGUCGGCCAGUGUGUUCCAGCGUCAGCAGCUCCCGGCGCAACACCUCCCUGGUUCCAGCAGGCGCAUCCCGGUGCCUGUAGCUGUCAUGGUGAUGCACCAUCUUGUCUCGGUGCCUGGCCGCCGAAGAACCAGCAGUGAGUUCCGGCCAGCUUCAUCCUAUGUCCCCUGUCCUCCGUCCUCCGUCCUCUAUCCUCUAUCCUCCGCCGUGGCCUAAUUAGUUUGUCCCGCCUUGCACCGCAACAAUUCUCCUUGAAAUAUCCCCAUCACAUGCCCAGAAAAAGUCGAGAAAAAGCCCUAUCCCGUCAUUUCGCAGCCCCGGCCACACGGCGUCAAGGCUCUAGCCGUCUGCAUCCA